AUGGAAUCCUAUUAUAUUCUGGUUUUAAUAGCAGGAAUUUUAGUGGCUUUUGUAUUGCUGGUUUUAAUUGCAACUGAUCAUAAUUUCUUCAAGGGAGAGAUUCCUUCUGAUGCUGACCAGCCAGCAAAACUCCGCCUUUAUCACCACAUGUACACUCUGAUAGAAAUUCUGGGAAAGAAUUUAAACCACUUGGGUCUCGUGGAGGAGCACACACUUAUCAGGCUGAUCACGGAUGGACUCCCAGCAUGCUGGGAUUCCCAGCUCUUCAUUAAGGAUCUGCAUUUUGAUGGGGUGCCCGUGAGGAUUUACCUCCCAAGGGAACCAUCUGCAAGCAAACAGAGAGGAGUCAUCUUCAUCCAUGGAGGAUGCGGCAUUUUCGGAAGCAUCAGAACUUAUGAAAGAAUAUGCCGGUACAUAGCCAGAAAAUCCGAUUCAGUGGUUGUGUCUGUUGGGUAUCAUUUAGCACCCGAGCACAAGUAUCCAGCCCAAACUCUGGAAUGUCUCACUGCUACCGUGCACUUCCUGAAGACUGCAGAGACCUACGGGGUGGACCCCGCUCGGAUUAUUGUUUGUGGGGACAGUGUAGGGGGCACAUUCACUGCCAAUGUUUGCCAAGAACUAGGGCGUAGGACAGAUAUCCCAAAGAUUCGUGCCCAGGUGCUGAUCUAUCCAUUUCUCCAAGCACUGAACUUCAAUCUGCCAUCUCACCAGAAAAAUGCUGCCGUUGCCUUCCUGUCCCGGGAGCGCACAGUCAGUUUUAUUCUCAAAUACCUGAAUAAGGACUGCUCCCUGAAGGAACCAAUUCUGGCUGGUUCUCAUGUUCCUGAGAGUAUAAAUUUGAAAUACAGGAAAUGGAUAAAUCCAGAUCUUAUUCCAGACGUGUUUAAACUGGGCUAUAAACCACCACUCCCCACUUUGUUUUCACCUCAAGUGCAUGAAGAAGUGCAAGAACUGUUUGAGCCCUGGUUCUCCCCGCUGCUGGCAGAGGAUGCUGUUGUCUGUAGUCUCCCUGACACCUGUAUUGUCACCUGUGAGCAUGAUGUGCUCAGGGAUGAAGGGCUGUUGUACAAGAAACGCUUAGAGGACAACAACGUACGCGUGACCUGGCACCACGUGGAAAAAGGCUUUCACAGUGCACUGGGAUUUUUUGGAUAUGGUAUCUUCUCUUUCCCAUCAUCAAAUAUUAUAAUGGACUAUGCUGUAGACUUUAUAAAAGGCUAUUAAAUAAUUUUCUUGCAUACAGUGCACUGGUAUUUAGAAAGAGUGUGAUUCAAUUAAAUGAUUCAGUUAAGUAUUUACUAGCCAUUAGAAUCAAGGCAAGAACUUAUGACAUUAGCAUGGUCUGCUGAAUUCUGAUUUUUAUUUCCUAUUACUUAGGAACGUGAUGUUUAGAGGUUUUUGUAAGCUGACUUUGAUGCUCUCUUCUUGCAUUGUAAGAACUUUUGUUCUCUUCAUAAGUCAAAGAAUAAA